UUUGUAUAUACUGUAUAUGAUGACUUCGGUGAGCAGUGAACGUACCCGGGGCACUCGGGAAAAAAUGCAAAUUUCAACCACACAGCCAACGCAACCACAGAAACAAGUAGUACAGGCAACAGCAGAACAGAUUCGCCUUGCUCAGAUGAUCUAUGAUAAGAAUGAUGCAGAUUUUGAAGAUAAAGUGAAACAACUUAUGGAAGUGACGGGGAAAACCCAGGAUGAGUGCAUAGUGGCACUACAUGAUUGUAAUGAGGACAUGAACAGAGCAAUUAACAUAUUGCUGGAAGGAAUUUCAGACACGACUUCUUGGGAGACUGUAGGGGGAAAGAAGAAAAACCUUGGAAAGGAAGGUUUGGAAAACAAAGAGAACAGAGAGAAACGAGGGGACAGAGAAAUGAGCCGAGGAUGGGGAAGUUCCAACAGACGGGGAAGAGGAGGCAGCCGUGGCCGAGAGUUUAGAGCUGAAGAGAAUGGAGUGGGCAACAAUCAAGGAGACAGGCCUUCAGACCGUGGGAAACUUGGCCAUGUGAGAGGGUUUGGACGUGGCAGAGGGAGAGGAGCGGGGAGGUUUUCAACCCAAGGCAUGGGGACAUUUAACCCUGCAGACUAUAUGGACUCUUCUGCCACUGAUGGCUUUGGGACAAAAUCAGAUAUUUGGGAGACUGGUCAGAAUGAUGCAGAUGAUGGAACUGGAUCAUGGAAAAACUCAAUAGAAGAAUGGACUGCAGAAGACUGGAAUGAAGAUCUUUCUGAAACAAAAGUCUUCACUGCUUCCUCUGUUCCAGCUGAGAAUCAUAUGACUCCUAGGCAGAGCAUUGAUUUGGUAACACUGCUGCAAAAGCCUGAAAAACCUGUGACCUUUACCCAAGAGACAGAAGGCAACUCAUUUGAGGCUCCCCAGCCGCAGACCUUUGGCCAAGCCCUAGUCUUCACAAAUUCUCAGCACAGCAACCAAGUGGCAUCAGGAAGGUGCAGCUCCAGUGCUGUAAAGUCUUGUUCUCCUCAAAGUCUGUCUGCAGUUCUUUGUUCUGGCUUUGGUGAACUUGGGUCCUCUAAAUUGACAAACUCUGCUGGAUCUCAAAUCUUGGACCAAUUGAAAUCUCCAGGUUUGCAUCAGUUUACCUCUCAACAAAACAAUAAUGGUUCUACCACCACUGCCACAUCCUGGGAUCUAAAACCAUCCAUUACUCAGUCCUCAGUCCUUAGUCAGUUUGACUUGAAAUCCCAGCCUGAACCCUCCCCAGUUCUGAGCCAUCUGACCCAGCGACAGCAACAACAAAUGCAGGCAGUCCCUGUUUCUCCUCCUGGGCUGGGGUCCUUCUCCUCCCAGGUAAAACUCCACGAGCCAUCACCAGUAGACACCUCUACAGCUGUUAGCAAAAUGUUACAGCUCUCCACUAUAUCUAUGGAUAAGCAGGCAGUGACUGCCCACCACAGCCAGCAGAAGCAGAUAAAACCACCAAAACGGAGGAUAAUUCCAUCAUCCAAGAUUCCUGCAUCUGCAGUGGAGAUGCCUGGAUCAGCAGACGUGACAGGAUUAAAUGUUCAGUUUGGAGCUUUGGAGUUUGGAUCAGAACCUGCGCUCCCAGAAUUAGGAUCAACUUCAAGCAGUGAGAAUAUCAGCCAGGCAACCAACAAUAACUUGUACACAAAAUCUCUAAAAUAUGUUGAUCCUUUGAAUACCUCUUUGCCAAUAUCCAAUACAGUACAAGAGUCCACCCACACAACCUCUGCCAUCAGCUCUUCCAGUCUGACCUGCUCAUCUCAGAGCACUAGCCCAGUAACAACUUCCUCCUAUGACGAGGCUUCUGUGCAUAGUAGGAUAGCAUACCAAAGCUCCAUGGCUCCAUCUGAACCAACCCCUGUUGCAGAUAUGAAUGGGCACAGCAGUGUUAGAACACAGGCAACUCUUGACAAUACUUCAGCAGUUCCUACGUUUAAGACAGAGCCUUCUCCCUCACUACCUUCUGCUGGUUCUCUGCCCAUCAUGGUGUCCACCACUGCUUCGCUUCUGCCUUCAGCAUCACAGCAUGCAGCAACGUUGUGCAGUUUGCCUCAGUCCAGUGAUCUGACCAGCAGCUCACUCUCCCAGUUAAGCAGCUCCCUUUCAAAUCAUCAGAGUAGCCUCUCCCCUGCCUCAGUGUUGUCUUCAAGCACAUCACAUGUGCACACUAGUGUUGAGAACACAACUUUGCUCCAGCCUUCAGCAACCUUUUCAACUACUUCAACCUCAGCCACUAGCACCACCUCCUCGGUUGUCAGCAUGGCAAGCAGUAUGAACACUACAAACAGCCUUGGCCUGAGUGUUACCAGUGUGUCUGCUACCACACGAGCAGCUCCCUUAGUGUCUUCAGGCAAAACUCCCCCAAAUCUGCCUCAAGGUGUACCACCUUUAUUGCAUAACCAGUAUAUUGUGGGACCUGGAGGACUUCUACCUGCCUACCCAAUUUAUGGUUAUGAUGAUCUCCAGAUGCUUCAGCCCAGGUUGCCAAUGGAUUACUAUGGAAUUACAUUCCCUGCUCCUGCAACCUUAACAGGCAGAGAUGGAAGCCUUGCUAACAACCCCUACUCAGGUGACAUAAAAUUUGGCCGUGGGGAUUCUGCCUCCCCUGCUCCUGCUACCACGCUCGCCCAGCCGCAGCAGAACCAGCCACAGACUCACCAUACAGCUCAGCAGCCAUUCCUCAACCCGACCCUGCCCCCAGGGUACAGCUACACUGGGUUACCUUAUUAUGCUGGUGUGCCCGGUGUACCCAGUGCAUUCCAAUAUGGGCCAACCAUGUUCGUACCCCCAGCAUCUGCUAAACAGCAUGGAGUCAACCUUAACACCACCUCGACUCCUUUUCAGCAAGCAAGUGGCUAUGGGCAGCACAGCUAUGGAGCAGGCUAUGAUGACUUAACACAGGGAACAGCAGCUGGAGAUUACAGCAAAGGAGGCUACAGUGUGUCAUCUCAAGCACAAAACAAAUCUGCUGGCACUGGACCUGGGAAAGGUGUUUCUGUGACCUCAAGUAACACAGGUGUGCCUGAUAUCAAUGGUUCAGUCUAUAACAAGACUCAGACAUUUGACAAGCAGGGAUUCCAUGCUGGCACAUCGCCUCCUUUUAGCCUACCCUCUGGUCUCGGAUCAACAGGGCCCCUGAACCCUGGUGCUGCCCCAGGUUAUGCUCCAGCCCCGUUUCUCCAUAUCCUCCCUGCACAUCAGCAACCUCAUUCCCAGAUGCUGCAUCACCACCUUCAGCAAGAUGGGCAGGGUGGAUCUGGCCAACGCAAUCAACCCAGCACCAUGCAGCAAAAAUCUCAGGCUACCAAAACCACCUAUGGCACUUCUCCAUACUGGACAAACUAA